UGGCAAUGGUUGCAUCAUUUUGCGCUAUAAAACUGAUACAAGCGCAACUGCCUUGAAUCUUCUCAGCGUUUGAGUUUAAUCCGCUGUUUGUAACUCUUAUACUUUUUAAACCAUUUUCGAACGAACCUUUUAAACUUUGUUUCUACUCCAAUUUUUGGAGGACACCGAUUCUCCCUUCUGCUCCUUCUCUUUUGCUUUUACAUAAUAUUUCGUGUGGAAGGUCAAGAAUACAUAAAUACAAUGGCUGAUCGCUCAAAGACUUCACUUGAAAGGCCUGAUAUAGAUUUUGCAGAAGAAAGUACACUUCAGAAACUUUCAAGGAAAACUAGGGAUAGUCCAAUGAUGGUAGCUGGUUUGAGUGGCUUCUUUGUUAUUGCUGCAUAUGGCAUUUACAGUUUUCGAAACAGGGGGAAAUUAUCUGCCUCUAAUUACUUAAUGCAGUUGCGAGUAACUGCCCAGGGUGCUGUAAUUGGCUGUUUGACAAUUGGAGUUAUGAAAUCUAUUUAUGAUCAUCUGACCAAGAAAAAGGAUGACUCUUAAAUAAUUCGUUUCGAAAUUUGAUGUGCAUAGUUGUUAAUGUUUUUAAUUGUUGCAUGAUAGGAAAAUCCCUUAAGUAAUUGUAUAUCCUUCCCAUCGACCAGAUUCAGAUGGUGUAUCAAAUAGCUGUAUUUAAUUUAUUUAUGGUACAAGUGUAAAUAAUAAAUUUCCAAAAGGAGUUA